UAACAACUUCAUAGUUGAGGGUUUGAUUUGGGAAAAAAAGUGAGAGAAGAGAUUGAAGUGGCUAAGUUGCUUAGACAAAUAAUUUUUCCUUUUUUCACAUACGGCGGGAAAAAAAUAAAAUUUCCGCAAUUUUCAUUUCUCUGCAGCUUCAAUGGCGGCCACGCCUCUGAAAAAUCCUAAAAUUUCUGCUUAUUUGCGCUCUGGAAACACUAAAUUUUCUCACCGUUUCAGUUCUCCUUCAACUGUGAUCUAUCCAUCUUUGAAGACCUCUAGCAUUUGUGAAACCCUAUUUUUCUCGUCUUUAAGGCCCCAAAAACCGAGGUUUUACCCUGUAUCCCUAUGUUCAGCUACGGUUUCAGGGGAGAGAUUGACGUUUGAUGUGGUUGUAGUUGGAGCUGGAAUCAUAGGCUUGACCAUAGUUAGGCAGUUCUUGCUCCAGUCCAAGCUCUCCGUUGCAGUUGUAGAUGCAGGGGUUCCAUGUUCAGGAGCAACAGGAGCUGGGCAGGGUUAUAUAUGGAUGGUUCACAAAAGGCCAGGGACUGCAGCAUGGGAGCUUGCAAAUAGAAGCAAACAACUUUGGGAAGAGUUGGCAGAGGAAAUUCAAGAACAAAAUAUGGACCCUUUAGACAUGUUGGGUUGGAUGAAAAGAGGGAGCUUGUUAGUUGGUAGAAGUCUGGGAGAGUCAACAUCGUUGCAAGAGAGGGUUCGAUUGUUAUCCGAAGCUGGGUUAAAGGUUCAAUACUUGCCUGCUUCUGAUUUGCUGAAGAAGGAACCCAGCCUUGACGUUGGGAGUGAAGGUGGGGCUGCCUUUGUGCUAGAUGAUUGCCAAUUGGAUGCGCAACGAACCGUUGAAUUCAUAGAAAAGGGGAACAAAUCUUUCUGUCAACAUGAUAGAUAUCGAGAGUUCUAUUAUGAACCUGCUGUUCGUUUAUUAAGGUCUCCAGAAACUGGUGAUGUUGAAGCUGUAAAAACUUCCAAGAAUGUACUGUACAGCAGAAAGGCUAUUGUAAUUGCAGCAGGUGCUUGGAGUGGAACUUUAAUGCAAAACCUUAUUGUGGAAUCAGACAUUUCAUUGAAUGUUCCAGUCAAGCCCCGUAAGGUGGUCUACAUUGGUCAUUUGCUUAUCUUGGAGAACCUUCGAAAUUUACAAUUGCGCCAUGGUGUAAUGGAAGUUGAUUAUGUUACUCAUCAGAAUGGUCCUUCAAUCUCCGACUCUUCUACUUCUAUAGUUGCUGAAGACGAUUCACACAUUCUUUCAAUCUCGAUGACAGCAACAACUGAUAUGUGGGGAAACCUAGUUUUGGGGAGCAGCCGCCAAUUCACUGGGUUUGAUACUCAGGUUGAAGACUCUAUUGUAAAAUGUAUCAUUGAACGUGCUGGAGAGUUCUUUCCAGCUUUACGAAGACUUCCUUUGCUGGAAUUCAUGAGGAGUGGUAAAAUUAGAGUUGGGUUGCGCCCUUAUAUGCAUGAUGGAAAGCCCAUCAUUGGCCCUGUUCCUGGCCUACCAAAGGUGAUGCUUGCAACUGGACAUGAAGGAUGUGGCCUCUCUAUGGCACUGGGUACUGCUGAAAUGGUUGCAGAUAUGGUUUUGGGGAACAGUCUCACAAUUGAUUCUACUCCCUUCUCUGCACAAGGAAGAUAUGACCAGUAGCUUACCUGUUUCUUUUUAUUUCAUCUGAUAACGAGUGUUUUCACUAGCUAGUUUUUGGCUUUGCAUGGGUUGCUUCCUUUAUCAAAGACUGCAACAUGUUAAAACGUUUCAAGUAAUCGUACCAGCUACUUCAUGGCCUUAUUAGGGGCAGCAAUGGACCCAGACCUAACCCUGGACCCAUCGGGUAGAUCUGACAUGGGGGUCUGGGCAUGGUCCUGCAUUUAGGCCCGGCCGGUAAGGUUCUAGUGAACCCGACCUGGAUUUAUUAUAUGUAUAAAAAUAAAUAAAAUAGAGCAUGUUCCGUACAUGUGAAUAAGUUUAAUUGAGAAGGUAUAA